AUGAAGGACAACAUCCUGAUCGCCGUGUUUCUUGUGGUUGGGCUGCUCACCCCAGUAUUUGGGUGGCUGUUUUAUUGCUGGUUUCGAUCGCACGUCACCAGCCAACACCUCCAAGGUCAGGUUUUCCACAGGAGAUCUCGAGACCGUACACAAGCGAGCUGGCACCCUGGGAAUGGCGACACAAUGCAUAGCACACUUGGGCCCCAUUUCACGCCGCAUGGUUGGGUUCGUCCAAAGCCUUACGGGGAAACCAAUGCCCUACCUCUAUCCCAUUCCGAAGAAAGGAGGCCGGCUCGCACGCAUAGUCCUCAAACUAUUCCUUCGCCGCGGAAUCAACAACCUAAUCCACUCUCUAAACGACAACAAAAGAAACUACGAGCAAAACAAAACAAACAGAAGAGGCAGCAGCAAGGCCAAAGCAAUCAGAACAGCCACAACAACCAGAAUCAUCCAAAGCAGAAGAACAAAAACAACAAUCAGGGCAAAGCGUUUCGAGACCAGCAUUGGAAUCGGGAUCAAAGUCAAGAUAGAAGUUACCGGAGAUCGCCCCGCGAGGAGAUUCGAGGCUAUCAAAACUCCCCACGCUCCGGUGGACGAGAGCCGACACCAGAUGACGUCCAGAACAACAAUAAUGAAGGUGAAGGUGAAUCGUUCAAUCUCGGUGCUUUGUAUGACAAUACAGAAGAUGAGCAUGCGGAUGGCAAUUCGGGAGGUCAGAAAAAGACUGGCUGGGGUGGAUCUAAGGGUGAUCAUGGGAGCAAUUGCACCAAUGAAGACGAUGUGCCUGACAAUAAAUCAUGGAAACAAAGCCUCCAUGGUUGGAGCAAUCGUGGCAAUGAAGACGAUGUGCCUGACAACAACUCACGGAAACAAAGCAACCAUGGUUGGAGCAAUCGUGGCAAUGAAGACGGUGUGCCUGACAACAACUCACGGAAACAAAGCAACCAUGGUUGGAGCAAUCGUGGCAGUGGAAACAGCAACCAGAAUCAAUCUCCACGGCGAGGAUCACGGAAUCGAUCCCGGAACUGGGAUGACAACAAUGAGCAACACGGCUGGGAUCAUGACAAUGAGCAACAAGACUGGAAUCACAACAAUGAGCAAUACGGCUGGGAUAACAACAAUGAACAACACGAACAAACGAGCCCAGGGGGAGACAAUAACCUGCAGAACAAUUCUACGGGAUGGGAACUGAGUCGCUAUGAAUCGCCCAAACGAAGAUCAAGAGGCGGUCGAUCUCCAACCAGUCGUGAUCAAGAUCAAAACAACUGGGCCGAGGGAGGGCGCGCCAACACAGGAUGGGGCAGUGACAAUCCCAACAACAAUACCUGGCUGGAUGAAUAUGGGGAUCAGAAUGAAGGACAACAGUCGGGUAACCAUGGAAGGAACAGACGUCAGAGGGGCAACAGACGCAUUCGCAGACAAGGAGGCCGAGGCCGAAGCCAGAACUCACCACGCAGAGAUCAAGGGGGAUACUCACAUAGCCAGAGUCAAGCUGGGUACUUGGAUUUUGAGCCCCCGAGUGAUCACAAUGCGAAUGAACCCUGGUGGUGA